ACGCCCUGGGUCGGGCCGCGCGGUUCCGGGAUCCGCAGCUUGGAAACUGCGGUUGUCGGCUCUUCUCGUGGCGCUUCCUUUCGCGGUGCCCCCCACCCCACGUGCCGGCGCGCCGGCGGUGCAGAUAAUGAGCCGCAUCUACCACGACAGCGCCCUCCGGAACAAGGCAGUGCAGAGCGCGCGGCUGCCCGGGGCUUGGGACCCAGCCGCCCACCAGGGGGGAAACGGCAUCCUGCUGGAGGGAGAACUGGUGGAUGUAUCUCGGCACAGCAUCUUGGAUGCCCAUGGCAGGAAGGAGCGCUACUACGUGUUGUAUGUCCAGCCCAGUCGCAUCCAUCGCCGCAAAUUCGACUCCAAGGGAAAUGAAAUUGAGCCCAACUUCAGUGCUACCAGGAAGGUGAACACAGGCUUCCUCAUGUCAUCCUAUAAGGUGGAAGCCAAGGGGGACACUGACAGACUUACUACUGAGGCGCUGAAGAGGCUGGUCAAUAAGCCAGAGCUGCUUGCACUAACAGAGAGCCUCACUCCGGACCAGACCGUGGGAUUCUGGAUGCCUCAGACAGAGAUGGAGGCAAUAGAGCUUGAACUAGGGGCCGGGGUACGGCUGAAAACUCGGGGCGAUGGCCCCUUCCUGGAUUCAUUAGCCAAACUUGAGGCUGGAACAGUGACCAAGUGUAAUUUUGCUGGUGAUGGAAAGACAGGUGCAUCCUGGACAGACAAUAUCAUGGCCCAAAAGUCUUCAGAAGGGGCUGCAGCGGAGACCCGAGAGCAGGGAGACGGGGCAGAGGACGAGGAAUGGGAUGACUGAGUAAGUGGAAGAUGGAGUGCCACCAGGCCCACCAGCACCUUCUAUGGCACUGUUGAGAGUUUCUUCCAUCGACUUCCACUCUGGAGCUCAAGGCAGAGAGCAGUCCACCAAGCCUUACCUGAUUCUUCCUACUGCCAUCUUGGAACACCCUUUGGACAAGCUCUGCUAAAAUCAAAUCCAAGACCAAGACGUUAACGUUGGGGCCCUGUGCUGUGGCUCAUGGAGGGGCCCUCCCUGGAUGUGAGUCUAGCCUUCUUAUUUUCACAAUGGCCCUUGCCCUGGUGGCAGCCUUGUUUUUAGAGGCAGGCAGUGGACGAGUCCCCCAGGACAGUCUGAGAUGAACUGGCUUGGUCUUGGUGCAGAGGCGGGGAACAUCCCUCAUCUGAAUGCAGAGUGGCCAGGAGGGAAGGUACCAUGGGCACCUUCCAAUGUGCAUGUUAUGCUUUCUGCUUUCCUUCCGCACUCCCACUCUCUCCCAGCCCCCACACCCUGUGUUGCAGCCUCUAUGCUCCUGCUUCCAGCUUCCUUGUUCCCUAUACCUCUUGCUUCCUCCACUGAUUGCAUGCCACCAUAGAGUUUCCUGUCUUCUACCCUCCCUGGCUGGUUCCUGGUGGGUGCUGUUCUCAGGGAGGCCGACAGUAUUUGCUGGUAUGGCUGCCUGGUCCUCACCUCUCAGACUCACUCUACCAUGCUGCAUUUUUGAUAACACCUUUUGUGUUGUUGUUUGGUACCUUGAGAACUUUUUCUGAAUGAGUAAAUUUUCAGAAAAUAAUUCUUCCACAUUGACUGGCUUAUUGUCAGGCAUAAACCGUCUCCCAGCUGAGCAAUGUCCCUAUUGGAAGGACGCCAUCUCUCUUUGGUCAUGAACUUUGCCUUGCUAGCUAGUGUGUCCAAACCCAGGUCUGUAAAGAGAUCUGGAGUUGAAAUGUACAUGUCCUAAGAAUGGGUAAGGACUUAGUGGCGGUGGAUGGAUCCGGCUUGACUUGGGGAAAGGAGGGGGGGUGAUGGUGAACUAACAAUUAUUGAGUCCCCCUAAUGUGUCAAGGAGUCCCUGGGUGGUGCAAACAGUUAACACGCUUGGCUGCUAACUGGAAGGUUGG